AUGGCUUUCAAUCAAGCGUUUUCACUGAACAGCCUUGAUCCAUCUGGAUUGGUGAAUGGUAAUGGCGGAAAUGUCUCAUCAUCGGACAUUAUGAGCGCAGUUGGAUUUACGUACCAGACGUGUCUCUCGCAAUGCGGCUCUGGAACACAGAAUCCUACCUGGUCAAACAUAUCGCAGCAGUUUGGCGCCUGGCUAUUACCUUACCUUGCGCUCAUUUCUCAGCUGCCUUUCGGUGCAAGACAUAGAGUUGACAAUCUCAUGUCUGCCAUCCUCACAGUUGGAUCACCGGUUCUCGCUGGCUACUCAAUGAUUCUCACCAUUCUCAAUGCCAACUGGAUCAGUCGUCGCUUCGAAGACCUAUCCUUUCCUAACACUAAAGACGCCGUCCGUAUCCUCAUAAGCCUUCAACAAAGUCCACUAAGAAUAACAAACGAAGACUCGCUGCUGAGCUCUCUCGUCGUCCUGCCACAGAAUGAUGAAUGGUGGCCGAGCAUUGCCGGUUUUCUCGACUACACUCAUACCUGGUCCAUCGCAUCUGUCACAUCCAUUGCGUGGGUUGUUAUCGCCUACCUCCUGACAGUCGCCAGCUCACUAUCCGACGUCUCCUCCAAUAUCAAUUCCAACGGUCAAGGGACGGGAUCGGUGUGGUUGUGGCUUAUCCCAAUCGUCAUAGGUUGGCUGCAACUGUCCCCGAAGUGCGAUUAUGCACGCGUUAGUAAGGCCAUGGAUAACGCGGAUGCAAUGGCAUUUGUGGCCACCGAUCAUGGAGUUGUUAUAAAGGCUUCCGAUCUUUCGGAAAGGCGAGCAGUAUCCAUUGAUACUGAUACAGAAAAUUCUUCGUCUAACGACGAAAUGUUGACUCCGCCCGUCUAUAACUAUGCCAGGGCCAUUUCAUGGUCUCGGUCUGCGGAGGAUGUCUUCAAUGCUUUUCGAAUAGCCUCCAACAAUGCCAAAUUACACAGACCGGUCAUGAUUAGUACUACAUGGAUGAACUCGAAUAGGAGGAACUUUAUUGAGCCCGGCAACAGGAAGGGCAACGCAUCCGAAGUCAAUGCUUAUUGCAGACUUCCUCAAUACACGGUACGCAGCCCCUGGGCGACAGAUAUGUUCUUUCGCAUGUUUGUGGCCUCGCUGCUGCCCCUAGCUUUACAAUGGGCAACAACUGGAUCUGCGGUAAUAGUUGUGUAUCUAACUCCAACUGUGGGCCUUGGUUGUAGAUCUCUCGGUUACCUCAUCUAUGGUGCACUUGCAACGGUAGUGUGGGCUAUGCUCGUUAUGUCGAGCAUCCUGUCGCACUACGCAUUUUCGUACUCGGACAGACCCAGGAGUCCUUUCUCAUCUACCACCCUCAGGCUCGUAAAGCUAGCAUCGAACCUUUUGAGAUGGGGAGGGAAGUUGGUGGCAAUCGUCAAUGCAAUUUGGAUAAUCGCGGCGGGGAUGCUGCAGUUUACAGAUAUCUAUGAUAAUUGUUAUUGCAACUCAAGUGUGUUGGGGAGAGGGGCCCAAUAUGCUUAUGAUAUUGUCUUGCUCGAUGGUGUAAACUUAGCCCCAACCAAAGCUGCUUGGUUCGGAGCGUUGGCUUUGGCCGGGUCUACCUCUUUGGGAUUCAUUUUUUACAUGAGUUUAUUGACUGAUCUCGUGCCUAUAUGA